GAAAUGAAGUAGAAGAAGAGGAAGUGUUCACCGGUGUUACAGAACAUUUUAUAACAACGAGUGACAGUCAUCUGUUAGUCUGAUCAUUAAAUACCUCACCUCUGAUAAGAUUCACCACCUGCAAUGGAAGCUGGACGUGCACACACGUUUUUGAUUACUGGGGGAUGUGGAUAUGUUGGUUAUCGCCUGGCGUGCUCCCUGCGUCAAAAAGGAACCAAAGUUGUUCUGUUUGAUACAGUCCCUCCCAACCAGGAGCUGCCAGAGGACAUAGUGUUUGUUCAGGGAGAUAUACGUGAGUAUGCACAUGUAGAGAAAGCCAUCACUGGCGUGGACUGUGUACUGCACCUCGCCUCCUAUGGCAUGUCGGGCAGGGAGCAGCUAAACCGCCAUCUGAUUGAGGCGGUGAAUGUUCAAGGCACACAGAACGUCCUGAAGGCUUGCAUUGAGCUCGGAGUAUCCAGACUGGUUUACACAAGCACCUUCAACGUGGUGUUUGGCGGUCAAGAGAUAAAGAACGGGGACGAAGGCCUCCCUUAUCUACCUCUUCAUCUUCACCCUGAUCACUACUCCAGGACCAAGUCCCUGGCAGAGAUGGCAGUGCUAAAGGCUAAUGGCGCUGCACUUGAGGGUGGCUCCGGGGUGCUAAGAACCUGCGCACUGCGUCCAGCAGGGAUCUACGGGCCUGGUGAGCAGAGGCACCUGCCCAGGAUUGUCGGCUACAUUGAGAAAGGGAUCUUCAGGUUUGUUUACGGGGACCCCAGCAGCCUGGUGGAGUUCGUCCAUGUGGACAACCUGGUGUCGGCGCACGAGCUGGCCGCAGAGGCGCUGACUUCAGAGAAGCAGCACCGCUCUGCUGGUCAGGCCUAUUUCAUCUCCGAUGGCCGGCCUGUCAACAACUUUGAAUUCUUCAGACCCCUGGUGGAGGGCUUAGGUUAUCCUUUCCCCAAGCUGCGCCUUCCUAUCUCUCUCAUCUAUUUCUUUGCCUUCCUCACAGAAAUGGUCCACAACCUCAUUGGCCCCUUCUAUAACUUCCAACCUCUAUUGACACGCACAGAGGUGUAUAAAACCGGUGUCACGCAUUACUUCAGCAUGGCCAAAGCUAAGGUGGAGCUGGGUUACGAGCCCCAGGAGCACAACCUGGAUGAGGUGGUGCAAUGGUUCAGAAGCAGAGGCCAUGGGAAGAAUCCGCACAGCUCCAGUCUUGGUCGAUUGCUGCUGGACAUCCUGCUUGUUUCUGCCUUUGUUGCCGUGGCUCUCUCUUUUCUUCCAUUUGUCGGCAGUUGAUGAGUAGCUAAAGCAAAAAACAUCUAUUGGAUAGUUUUCAAAAAGCAAUACAGAGACUGUUCCAGAUCAACACUGUUUACAUGAUUAAAAAUGAUCAGAUCAAUGUGCACUUUUUUUAUUUCAGAAUGUUCUGUACUGUCAGGUGCUUCAGUCACAGACAGACAAACUCAGUGAAAACAAAAUGAGCAUGUUUACCUUCUACUUUUACACAGUAACCCCAAUCCAUAAGAAAUUACCAAAUAGUUUAUAAACCUAUUUUUUGUACCUUCUUUCAGUUCACUUUUUAACAGAUCAAACACAUCCAAAUAUGCCUCUGCAUCAUUUUUUUUUAAUGCUGUUUUAGGAAAAGGACUAAACAGUGGUUGGCCGAGCAUUACUAUACGUAUAAAACCUUACAAAGUAAA